AUGGAUCCAGUGGACUACACUGACUUUUUUAACGAUACUGAAAAUGAAACCUCCGUAGAUAUCACAGAAAUCAAUGGCCUCUGGUGCGCGUUUGAUGAACAGCAGAAAAGGAUCAUCGACAUUUUCCAGACUUGUGCUUUUUGCCUGAUUUUCCUGCUGGGUGUUACAGGAAACUGCCUGGUGAUCGCCACUUUUGCUUUGUAUCGGCGUCUGCGGCUUCGCUCGACCACUGACAUCUUCCUGUUCCAUUUGGCUCUGGCUGACCUCCUCCUGCUCCUCCUGCUCCCCCUGAAAGUCGCUGACAACCUCAGUCAGAACCUCCCUGAGUCCUUCCAAAAAGCCAUGCGAGCCUUCCACGCUAUCAACACGUACAGCGGCCUACUGCUGCUCGCCUGCAUCAGCAUUGACCGCUACAUGGUGGUGGUGCGAGCUCAGGAGAUGCUGCGACUGCGCAGCCAGAUCCACACAGUGGGGAACUCAGCGGCUGCGGGGGUGUGGCUUCUUGCUGUUCUCCUCAGUCUGCCUGAAAUCCUCUUUGCCUGGUAUUACAAACGUGACUGUCUCUCAUGCGAACAAGUCAAAGUGGUCACAAAGGGAAUUCUGAUCGCAGUUUUCUGCCUCACCCUCCUCAUCAUGGUGGUGUGUUACACUGUGAUUGCUCGGGUUCUGUGUGAGAGUCACACACAUCGACGAGGGAAGCAAUGGCAACGCCAGCGCACUCUGAGGUUAAUGGUGGUUCUGGUGCUGGUUUUUCUGGCGUUCCAGCUGCCUUACACUGUGGUGCUGUUCCUUAAAAUGGCGAGGCCGUUCUGCAAGCUGAUGCUGGAGUACUCCACCUGCACUCUGGCAUACACCCGCUGCUGCCUCAACCCCAUCCUGUACGCUCUGGUCGGCGUGCGGUUCCGUAAAGACGUCUCCCACCUCCUGCAGGACGCCGGCUGCCCAUGUGCGCCUCACAGGGUCCUGCAGACCCGGAGCUCUAUCUCUGUCUCCUCACCUCCCGGCUCCACUGUUGCAGGCUUCUCGCCCGUCUCUCCCUGUUACUCCAGCAGUGACGGUGUACAUUCCAUCAAAUUUCAGUUUUCAGAAACCAAAUAAAUGCAGCCCGUGAAGCUGUUGGGCAGGUGUCCCACAUCAGUGAGCUUCCAGAAAGAGCCCACAGGAUGCAGAGUGAGUCAAUCCACAUUCACACCAUAUGUCACCCCAAAGAACUGAACUGCUUAGUGCAUCUAAGACCAACUUCCUCUGUGUUUCUAAACCAGUGGACCAGUUUAGGCCUUCAGAUGUCACGCCCGACUGACUUCCUCUCAGUUUACCAAGCUUAGUGCUUUCAUUGCAUCAUCAACUACUUUUAGAUGUAAGUUAUUUGUUGCUAUUUAAAUGUAUUGAU